AUGUGUAGUUUAAUCCUGGGAAGAAGGAUUAGGAAAAGCCGAAGUGUGAGGAUAAAGGGACAAACUUUGACAAUUGAAGGACACAAUGGAGAGGAAGAUAUGAUGGGCCGAGUUACAUGGUUACCACUGCAGGAAUUAAUCAAAGGAUGGACUGAUAGUGAAGUCGAAGGAGUAAAUAGAAAUGAAAGGGUAAAUAACCCUGAGAGUGGAAUUCGGUACAGAGGAUAUGGAUACAAUCAAAUAUUGGAUCCAUAUAAAGGAUCAAGAGAGAAUUCACAAGGGAGACGAAUGGAAAUGAGAUCGGGGUUUGAUUCACGAGGAAGAGAAAAUAUGAAUUUGAGUUGUUAUAAUUGUGGGAGACAGGGUCAUAUGGUGAGAGAUUGUCGGGAAAGUAAAUGUUUUGAAUGUGGAAAAUUUGGACAUAUAGCCCCGUAUUGUCCGGGAAAACGAGAGAAAUUGCGUUGCGCUGGUUGCGGAAGAUUUGGACACAAUAAAGAAGAGUGUAAUACUGGAAAUUUUGACACAAAAGGGGGUUUUACACCGAGAGGAAUGGGUCAAAAUACUACAAACGUGCGGACUAUUGGGAGUGAGAAAAUUGCAAAGAUUAUGGUGCCUAAAAUAGAAGAAACCAAAGAGCAGAAAAUGGAGUGCUUUAGAUGCCGGAAAAUGGGACAUGUGGCGAGAGAAUGCGGAAAUUUGUGA